UAUGUGCAGUGUGGUUGUGAUUUGAAUUUUGAAAUUUGAAUAAAAAGCGUUCACAAUUGAAUGUAGCGGUCACCGAUUAUUUAAUAUUGCAAGUUUUUUGAGAAUAUCAUAUAUUUAAAAUUAUAUUUCAUAAUAAAAUUUACAAUGAGUCAGCCGAGCGAAAUAACCGAUGCAGAUUACAUACCCUUUUUGAAAAGUCUAGGCGUUGAAACUUAUAACAAGUCCUUUGAAUGGAUGCUAAGCGAUCCAGAGAUUUCUGGAGUUUUACGAUGGAUUUAUGAGAACAUAGACGCUAAUAAUGCUUUGACUGAACGAGAAGAAUGCAGGUAUGCCGAAUUAGAAAGAACGGGUCGACUUCUAUCUUCAGAGGAAUUAGAAAUGGCUGUAUCAGAGCUUCAAAAUGAAUUUGAAGGCAUAUGUUUACCAGGAGACAUGGAGGCCUUAGAGGACAUGAAAAUGGAUAUUAAAAUGGAUAAAGAGAGAUUAGAUAUGCUUGAAAAACAAGAAGUAAUUUUGGAAAACAUGAUGCAAAGAAACAAGGACAUGAAGAACGAAUUAAAUGUUGAAAUAACAAAGCUACAGGCAGCUGAGUUACAAUGUACUGAAGAUGAAGCCAAUUUAGGAAAAGAUUGUUUGAAGCUUGCUAGAGAAGUUGAAUCUAUAACAAGUGAUGUAGUAGCUAUAGUUGGAGACACACUUGACAUAUUAUCAAACUGUCAAGAGGAUAAGGAUUCUGCCAAAAGGUUCCUCGCAUUUGGUCCAAUAGAUCAAUAUCACAAAUCCCAAGCCCUAUUUAGAUCUCACUUUGAUCUGUACUGUACAAAAAGACUAAAAAAUCCAGAAAUUAAUAUUAAAGAGGAGGAAAUCAAGAGAGCUAUUAUUAAAGCAAAAAAUGUAGAAAGCAGGUUAUUGGAUGCCAUAUCUGCAUACAUCGAGAGUACAGUGGACUUAUCUGGUGAAAAGGCGAAGCUGGUUCUAGUGGCUGACUAUACCCACCCUAAUGCUAAUGAUGUUUCAACGUACACAAUGGAAGUGAUGAGCAAUAUAGAAAUGUUGGAGCAAGAAGAGUCGAUAAUGGAGGAGCAGAUUCAAGACGCGGUCAAACAAUUUGUGCGUAGGCGCACGACGUUAGUAGAAGAAUUGGCAGCUAAGAUCGCCUUGAAUGUUCGACUGCAAAUUCAGAGCGAUUUAAAAUUUCUAUUGGCCAAAACGCAAGAAGCUUUAACGUUGGAUAGACUCUUGUACUACGCGUUGAGACGCGAACUUGCCUCUUUGGAGGAGGUUUUGCAGUUUGCUUCCCAUUUACGAAGCUAUGUCAUACAAGAGGAAGAGGGUGUGUCUAGCAGGAUCCAAUCCAUGAAGGAGAUAACAGAUGAACUGGAUCGGUCGGAUUCGACAAGUAAUAUAAUGCUAUCGUCAUUAUGCAAAAUAUUGUCUGUUACCGAUUUUAAGUCUCUCGUACCAGAAUAUAAUGAAGUGAAGAAAAAAGCAAAAAGACUUAGAGAAGAAAUUGUAGAAACGUUUGGCGAAAAGGAAAAGGAUUUAGAUAAAAUAAGGCGCACCCAAGAAAUUCUCUAUCCGUACGUAUGGGGCGGAUGUACGCGCGCCGCUUCCUGUCAUAGCCCGGAAGUGUCUGCCAUGACUCAUGCGCUUGCGCAUCAAAUGGACAGCAUCGAACAGACAAUCAAAAAUAUUGGCACGCAAUUUACCACUGUCAAGCAGGGCGAAAAACAUCACCUUAGAAAGUUUUGGCAGUGGUUUUUAACUGAUCCAGUUAAGUUUGAGGCGGCCAUUAGAAGAGUUUAUUGAAGUGAUAUGCAGAACAUGGGCGAGAACGUGGAACAGGCAGUGCCAUCUGGUAGAGUCCACCCGCGAGACUUGUAACCGCCACCUCUGGUGUCACACCAUACUGCGCAUGCGCUGCUUACAUCUAUUAAAGGAUUAUUUAUAAAAUAAUUUGUUAAAUAUUAAUGACACAACAUUGCGUUGCCAUUUGAAUGCUUUUAGUUUAGAAUAUAAACUGCGUUUCGGUACUUUAGUUAAAACGGUGCCUACAUGAAUAAGAGUAUAUAUGUAACAUCUUUGCCUCUUUGGAAAACAAGUAGACUUUAGAUUGUACCAUCGUAAAAGUUUUAUAAAUCGUUAUUAUUAUUAUUCCAAAUCACAACUGUAACUUAAAGAUUCUAUUCAAAUAUGUUAAAUAUUGAAGCUUGAAUAUAAUGUAAUGUAAUUUGUAAUAUGCUUGUCUAUAAAAUGUAUUUUUAAUAAAAGUUAUAAAUCUUC